AAAAAAAAAAACAAUCAAUUUCCUUCUUCUUAACGCCAUUCUCUCUAUCUUUUGUUUUAUUUUAUUUUUCUCAGUAUCUUAAAGCUGCUUUUUUCAGUAAGCAUUGUUCUCCCUGUUUCUUUCGUCUUCUCUCUUACACCUUAGUGUCUCUUGCGCGCUUUAAGACCACAAAGGGGAAGGAAGGAAGCUUAACGAUAAGCUCUGUCGUUUCAGUUCAGUGACGGAGUCGAAGAAAUGGAGAGAAAGCAGGGCUUUUUUUCGGUGGUGAGGGGGUUGUCUCCAAGUCGAUCGCGACCCAAGAGUCCGGCGAGGAGUGCGUCACCAAUGUCGAGCUUGCUGCGCCGUAGAAGGAGCAACAACCACCAUGUGUCGCAGCCGGAGCCGUUGAUUUUUAGGUCUGGGAGCUUUAGGCCGGCGGAGGCUUUGUCGCCGUUGAAAGAAGGGCCCGAUCCGGAUGGAACGGACGGUGGAGAUUCGAGGAUGGAAGGUAGGUGGGCCCAGUGGAUGAAGGGUCAGCUGGCACGCGCUCCUUCUGUUUCGACUUCAACGUGUAAGCGGUCCGAUCUGAGGUUGUUGCUUGGAGUCUUGGGUGCGCCGCUGGCGCCGGUGCACGUUAGCACUUUGGAGCCUUUGCCUCACCUCAGCAUUAAAGAUACCCCAAUUGAAUCUUCAUCUGCUCAAUACAUAUUACAGCAGUAUACUGCUGCGUCAGGUGGGCAAAAGCUUCAAAACUCCAUCCAUAAUGCUUAUGCCAUGGGAAGGGUGAGAAUGAUAGCUUCUGAGUUCGAGACGGCUAACAAGGUUACAAGGAACCGGAAUUCUUCUAAAGCUGCAGAGUCAGGUGGGUUUGUCUUGUGGCAAAUGAAUCCGGACAUGUGGUAUGUGGAGCUUGCACUUGGAGGUAGCAAGGUUCAUGCAGGGUGCAAUGGCAAGCUUGUGUGGAGGCACACUCCUUGGCUUGGUGCACAUGCAGCUAAAGGGCCUGUUAGACCACUGCGCCGUGCACUUCAGGGUCUUGAUCCAAGAACAACAGCAAGCAUGUUUACGAAUGCAAGAUGCAUUGGGGAAAAGAAGAUAAAUGGGGAGGACUGCUUUAUCCUCAAGCUGUGUGCAGAUCCUGCAACAUUGAAGGCCAGGAGUGAAGGACCCGCUGAGAUCAUAAGACAUGUUUUAUUUGGCUACUUCAGCCAGAAAACUGGACUCCUUGUGCACUUGGAAGACUCACAUUUGACUAGAAUUCAGAACAAUGGGGGUGAUGCUGUCUACUGGGAGACUACAAUCAAUUCAUUCCUUGAGGAUUACAGGCCUGUUGAGGGAAUAAUGAUUGCUCACUCAGGUCGCUCUGUAGUGACCCUUUUCCGCUUUGGUGAUACUGCAAUGAGCCACACGAGGACCAGGAUGGAAGAAGCAUGGGCAAUUGAAGAAGUGGCAUUCAAUGUCCCGGGCUUGUCAAUGGACUGUUUCAUUCCCCCAGCUGAAAUAAGAUUGGCUUCAAUUAGUGAAGCCUGUGAGUUCUCUCAAGGUCCAAGGGUAAAAACUACUGUGGCUACUGCACCAUAUCGAGCCAAAGUUAAUACACUAGAUAAAAGCUCAUGACCCAGGUGGUAACAAUUCAAUCUGAAGAGGGAUAUUAAAGAAAAGGGGUUUUGGCUAAGUAUUACACAACUUGACUAGAUGUAAUAGUUUUACUUGACUAACUAAUUAGAAGGUAAAGACGGGAUUCUAGUUGUCUAUGAGAAUUUUGUAUUGGAUCAAUGUCUCUUUGAAUUUGUAAAUAGAGCACAAUGAUCGUAAUAUUUUCGCAGGUUAAUACCAAUGUAGUUUUUAUCCCCCAAAGGAAUGCCAUUGUGGAAUCAGGACUUGCUUUUUCCUGGA